AUGCUGUCUCACGCCGACCUCCUGGACGCCAGGCUAGGUAUGAAAGAUGCCGCCGAGCUUCUGGGCCACCGGGAGGCGGUGAAGUGUAGGCUGGGCGUGGGGGGCUCCGACCCCGGGGGCCAUCCGGGGGACCUAGCGCCCAACUCCGACCCAGUCGAGGGAGCCACUCUGCUGCCCGGGGAGGACAUCACCACAGUGGGCUCUACGCCGGCCUCUCUGGCGGUGAGCUCAAAGGACCCGGACAAGCAGCCGGGGCCCCAAGGUGGCCCGAACCCCAGCCAAGCAGGUCAGCAGCAGGGCCAACAGAAGCAGAAGCGCCACCGGACGCGCUUCACCCCGGCGCAGCUCAACGAGUUGGAGAGGAGCUUCGCCAAGACUCACUACCCCGACAUCUUCAUGCGCGAGGAGCUGGCGCUGCGUAUCGGGCUGACGGAGUCCCGAGUGCAGGUCUGGUUCCAGAACCGGCGCGCUAAGUGGAAGAAGCGCAAGAAGACCACCAACGUGUUCCGUGCGCCGGGGACGCUGUUGCCCACGCCAGGCCUGCCUCAGUUCCCGUCGGCCGCCGCCGCCGCCGCCGCCGCCAUGGGCGACAGCCUGUGCUCUUUCCAUGCCAACGACACCCGCUGGGCGGCAGCCGCCAUGCCGGGAGUGUCGCAGCUGCCGCUGCCGCCGGCGCUGGGCAGGCAGCAAGCCAUGGCACAGUCGCUGUCCCAGUGCAGCCUGGCGGCCGGGCCGCCGCCCAACUCCAUGGGCCUGUCCAACAGCUUGGCGGGCUCCAACGGCGCGGGGCUGCAGUCGCACCUCUACCAGCCUGCCUUUCCCGGCAUGGUGCCCGCCUCCCUCCCCGGCCCCAGCAACGUCUCGGGCUCGCCCCAGCUCUGCAGCUCCCCGGACAGCAGCGACGUGUGGCGGGGCACGAGCAUCGCCUCCCUCCGCCGCAAGGCGCUAGAGCACACAGUCUCCAUGAGCUUCACUUAA